GCGCGUCAAAAACGACCUCCAAUAUGCGUUCGUUUUAUCCGUUUGUCACUGUCAGCUGUUCAAAUGUCAAAAUAAAAGAAAUCCAAUCAACGAAAAAAACGAACAUCAUGUUGAAAUCAAUAAUUUUCCGGGUUAAUAUUACAAGGGCACGGAAUUUACUUCGAACAACUAGAAGUGCGAAUGGAUUACAAUACCAAUCACACAAAAAUCACGAAAGAAAUAGUGACAGUUCCAGAGAAUGUUCACAUUUGUUUGCUUACGCAAGUAUGCCUGGGUUUUUAUCAUUCUUUCGAAAGAAAGAAGAUGAAGAAAAUCCACCUGAGCCACCAUUUUGGGAAAAAAUUUUGCCCGAAGAUAUUGCAUUGUUGUUCAAAAAAUUACCAGUUGAAGAUGACUCAACGGAUGAAGGAAAGUUGGUCAUCACAUUGAAACGGACAAUAUUGUGCAUUAAUCGAGGUGAAUAUGAUAAGGCCGAACAAAUGGCACAUUUGGCAUUGCGUGUAGCACAAAAUAUCCAGAGCUAUGACGGAACCACACUUUGCUUGGAUAUUAUGGCCAAUCUGGCCUUUGAACGUCAACAAUAUAAAAAAGCUGAACAACUUUUUGAAGAUGUGCUUCAACGGCUAUUGCAAAAGGGCGUGCCACAGAAUGACAUUCAGAUUCUUCAUUUGAGCUUAAAAGUUGCCCAAUUAGUUGAACUACAGGGCAAAAAGGAUGAAGCCAAAACCAAUUACGCGUGGACAAUAUCAAAAUUGGAUGAGAAACGAAAGAAAGAACCAGAUAACAAAGAUCUUAAGGAGUUAACUGGAAUAACAAAUAGUUUUUACGGAAAAUUCCUAUUGAAAAAUGGCAAAUUCAACGAAGCUGUCGAACGGCUCAAAAUAUCGCAUGAUAUUUUCCUGGAAGUUCGUGAACGCAAUGAUCCAGAUUAUAUAAACAUUGUUAAUGAUUUAGCUGUUGCCUUUUUACACGUAAAUAACCUCGACGAUGCUGAGAAGUAUAUUAACGAAGCGCUGAGAUUGGCCAGUCCAUAUCCCGAAAUUUAUGAAAGUGGAAUUUAUCAUGCAAAUAAGGCUUUGAUUUUGUUGAAGAAAGGUCUUUUGGAUGAAGCACAGAGACUAUGUGAUCAUGCUGACAAGGCUUCUCGACGCAUCAAUGAUCCAGAUGGUAUGGAACAAGCCAAAUACUGCAUGGAACAAAUUAAAGAAGCGUUCAGAACAAAAAAAGAUGAAGAAGAUAAGACCAAAUAGUGAUGACAACACAGUUAUUUAUUCAUUUUGUUCAUAAUAAGUAGGAUUUCUUUUAGUAAAUAUCAAGUGUAAGUGUUAUUUUUGAUGUUCAAUUGUUUGCAUUGUAAUGUGUUCUCUGACUGAUGAUGAUUGCAAAAUUAAAGUCGUUUAAUACAUUUGGGAUAAUAUAACAAACUAAUGUAAAAAUAGAUUGAGCAA